UUGUCCGUCGAUCAUCACAACCUCCCCCAAAAGUGGCUUUGAAUCUAUUCCUUCUAGUCUUGUUAGUUCAAUUAUCGCAAAUAUUUACAUCCAAAAAGGUAGUUAGGUUUCAAUAUUUUUUUUUAUUUUUUUUUUUUUACUUUUAUUUUUUGGUAAAAAUGGAUGUAGAAUAUUCAAAGGUUUCUAGAUGUCACGUCAAUGGCGGACCCAAAUUUCUUACCCGCCUCAAAAUCAAAAUCCUAAUGCUCCCUCUCACUAUUUUUCUAAAUAAUUCCCCAAUUGAGCUACGGACCGCCAACCACUUUUUAUUGGGAGAUAGCACCAGUCUCCAAGUUAGCUAUAGCUAGGUACCCCUUCCAUUCAUCUCCUUAUCUGCUGCACAUUGCAUGAAACAAUGUAAACUGCUUUCUAAAGUAGUAACCUUUCUAAAGUAGUAACCCACUUUUGGACAAGUAUUAUUAAUUCGCAUACCACAUCUUUAUAUAUAUCUCUAGUUCUUCAGUGUUGUGCAAUCUCAAGAGAGGCAGAAUGGAAGGUGAAAUCAACAAUUUCAUAGUGGUAUGGAUCAGUGUCUUGGCAUCUAUUUGCUACUGUCAUGGCGUAGGUAAGUUUAUCCCCAAAGGUCCUCCUAGACUUCUUGUCAUCCUCCCGGUUGUAUGUCUCUUUCUCUAUCUUCCACUCAAUCUCCAUUCAAUCCAUUUUGGAAGCACCACCUCUUUCUUCAUUUCAUGGCUCGCCAACUUCAAGCUCCUCCUCUUUGCCUUUGGCAAGGGUCCUUUGUCCUCUAACCCACCAAUACCUUUGUCACGUUUCAUCACCAUAGCUUGUCUACCCAUCAAGAUUCAAAACCAUACUGAAACCAAACCAUACCCGUCUCACCAAACCACCCAAAAAGGCCACAAAUCACCUCUAAAUUAUGCCAUAAAGGUUAUGCUCUUGUCUGCGCUUGUGCGUGUUUAUAGCUAUAGACAAUAUCUACAUCCCAAAUUUAUAAUGUUGCUAUAUUGCUUUCACAUUUACUUAUGUCUCGAGCUGCUGUUAGCCAUGUUUGGUGCCCUGGUUCGAGCCCUAGGCCGGUUAGAGCUCGAGCCACAAUUUGAUGAGCCUUACCUAUCUAGCUCGUUGCAGGACUUCUGGGGCAAGAGGUGGAACCUCAUGGUUAAUGGUAUCCUACGCCCUACCGUAUACGAUCCCGUCCGAUCUACUUCUACCCGUCUGAUGGGGAGGCAGCUGGGGCCACUUCCGGCAAUAUUCGCGACAUUUUUUGUGUCUGCCAUGAUGCAUGAACUGAUUUUCUAUAACGUUGCAAGAGUGAAGCCCACAGGGGAGGUCACGUGCUUCUUUCUCAUUCAUGGGGUGUGUUUGAUCUUGGAAAUUGUGAUGAAGAAGGCGGUUAAUGGCAAAUUUCGAUUGCCGCCGACCGUGUCAGGGCCGCUGGUGCUUGUGUUCGUAUUGGUUACUGGCAUCUGGUUGUUCAUUCCACCAAUUCUGCGAUGUGACGCCGACACAAGAGCACGGAGAGAGACGGUUGCUUUUGUAGGGUUUGUGAAGAAUGUUGCCAAAUCUGUCAAUUUUACAUCAUUUAAUGCUGUAAGCAGAUAGAUAGGUGUGUAUCUUUGAUAUAUCAAUUUUAGAUUAUAAUGACGGCACAUAUUUAUUUUGUUUUUCAUCCCCACUAAAUAAGUGUCAAUUUGGACAUGUAUAAUAACUUGAUGUCGGGAGCAAUACAAAAUCAUUUGGAUAUUCUAUCCAAUGAAUACAAUGUUAAUUACUUCCCCCAAAAAUAAAUAAAAAUAUUGAAUAGAAUGUAGACAUAAGAAAAGCAAGUCAAGUAAGCUAAGAUCUUCUAUGGUCUGAUGUCAUUUUUUAUUUUUAUUUUUUCCCGAUAAACAUGGUCUGAUGUCAUUUGUUAACAAAAUGAAUGGAAAUUGGUCAUAUUUAGUGAAGGUCUUAUGUGGCUUACUUUUUUAAAUGCAGCUUUCACUAAUUAUAUUUUAAUUUUACAAUUCUUUUAAACGGGUGUUAUUCCAUUCCUUCUCUCUGGAUCACAUUUUUGGUACAAGGCAUUCGAUCCCAAGCCAUGAAAAGCAUGAAAAAAAAAAAAAAAAAAAAAAAAAAAAAAAAAAAAGAAAGAAAGAGGGAGUAAGCUCCCAGUGACUUUGAUUAUAUUUGCACUCGAUAUUUUGAAAUUAUGUAUCCUUGAAGGGUUAAGUGCAAAAAACCCCCUUGAUAUAUAGACUUUGUGCAGAAUAAGUCCCUACUUUUUGAAAAAGUGCAUACAAGUCCUCAAAAUUCAAAAAAGGUGCAUAACCGGUCCCUCUGACAACUUUUUACAAAAAGUAAAACUUAAAACCCCAUUUUACCCUUUUGUUUCCCAUUUUACCCCUCACCAUUUGUGCAUAAAAGUCCCUCAGCGUUAUGCAUAAAAGGCCCCCCAUACUGUGUUCAGCAGCCAAUAUUUUGAUAUAGAUAUAGAAAAAAUAUUAACAAAAAAAAAAAAAAGAACAUUAACAAAAAUAAAUAAAUUAAAUUUCACGUUAUCAUCACUAGUAAAAUAUACCCUUUUCUUGUUUUUUUUUUUUUCCCC